UCUUGAUUAUAUAUACUUUUGCAUCACAAACAAACAGAUUUAACUGGAGUUAGUAUUUCGCUGAUUCUCUUCGUGUAGCAAAAGAAAUUGAAGGAAUUUAAAAAUAAAGUAUUAGAAUUGAACAACUCAUUGCCGGAAAAAGAAAUAAGAACUCAACCCAAUUCCGAAAUCAGAACUAUUUAGAAAAGCUCAAUAAUUCAGUACAAAGUCGUCGUACCAACUCAUUCACAAAGAUCAAUAAAAGUUCAUCAGUUAAAGCCUGCGCUGAGAUAUUCAAAUCAAUGUCAUCGUCUUAUUUUUCUGGAUUUUAUUCUCUUCGAUUGAUUGAUGGUGGAUCCAGUUGUCUUUCAUUCUCAUGGCGGCCAAAGCAACUGAAAAAAGAUGGUAUCGUGUCUCUUUCGGGGAUUCAAGCCAUAUAAGAUGCUCUGUAUCAGAAUUGCAAGAACUCACCAACCCCUUAAUUAGUUGGAUCUUCUUCUUCUAUUCUUAUUCCAUGGCUGCAUGCAAUGAGACCAUCAAUCUUCUUGAGAAUCCGAAUGCUGGCUGGUUUAUUGUUCUAGUCUGCAAGAUCCAGAAGAUUUUGCUACUUUUGAGUGGACGAUUGAAAAGAAUGGGUGACAAACUGGAGUUCACUUUGAAUUUGGUUUAUCUUAAUGGUGGCAUUGUACAUAUGGUUUUGAGGACUAUAUCAGGUAUAUCCAAUUUGAUCCGAUCCAUUCACAGCCCUACACUAGUAAUUCCCAACCGAGGCUCUGAAGAUUUCAUGUCACUUGUUAGCCUUGUAGAUGGACGAACUGAACUCCAUAGAUCAGUUUCAGGGCUUCUUAGUUUUCCAUGGGCGGAAUUGGACGAGAGGACUAUCAAUAGAAUCAAUACUCAAGAUCUUUGCAUCAUGGCAGCAAAAGUAGCUUAUGAGAACAAAGCAUAUGUGCACAAGGUGGUCACUAAACAUUGGAAGAUGCAUUUGGUGGGGUUCUUUGAAUUCUAUAAUGAAUGCUCAAUGAACUACGAUACCCAAGCUUUCAUAUUCUGCGACAGGAAAAGUAGCAUUCGAUUAAUAGUUGUAGCAUUCCGUGGCACAGAAAUCUUCAAUGCCGCGGAUUGGCUGACCGACCUCGACAUCUCUUGGGCCUCCAUCCCUGGAAUUGGAAAAGUUCACCAAGGAUUCAUGAAAGCCCUGGGCCUUCAUCAAGCUGAAACCAAUGGAGUUGGGUCAAGGAAGCAUGCAGAAGCUGGGAACAAAAGCUUGGCAUACUACACCAUAAGAGAAAAGCUGAAGAGAUUGCUGAAAAGAAACCAAGCCGUGAAGAUACUAGUAACAGGACACAGCUUGGGUGGUGCACUGGCAAUCCUGUUUGUUGCUAAACUUGUGCAUGAAAAGGAAGAAGCCAUAUUGAACAAAUUGUUACGUGUUUAUACCUUUGGGCAGCCCAGAGUUGGAGAUGAGACAUUCAGAAGCUCCAUGGCUAGAAGGUUGAAAGGGAAGUACGUGAGAGUGGUUUAUAGAUAUGAUAUUGUUCCUCGGUUGCCUUUUGGUUCUCCCGUUACACCAUUUGCCCACUUUGGAAAAUGCAUCUACUACACCAAUUGRUAUCAGAAACAGGUUUUGGAAAAAGAACCAGAUGAAAAUUACUUCAAUCCCUUGUACUUCAUUCCCAUGCACUGGAAUGCUUGGAUGGACCUGUUUAGGGCAUUGUUUGUGGGUUUUCAACAAGGUGAAAGUUUCGAAGAGAAUUUACUCUCAUUACUUGAAAGGUUUGUGGGGCUCCUCAUCCCUGGUGUAAGUUCCCAUUCUCCAAGAGACUAUAUUAAUUGCGCAAGGCUAUGCCCAGACCACACCUAA